UUUCUAUACACUGCAUUUACUUCUCCUACCUCCCCUUCUCAUCUCUUCAAUUCUCCACCUGUUCCUUUCCUCUCUCUCUCUCUCUCUCUCUCUCUCUCUCUCUCUCUCUCUCUCUUCAUUCUUCUUAAAUUCCAUCAUCACAAGAAAAAUACAGGUAGCUUCAAUGGAAACCAGCCUGAAAACCACAAUUUUACUCUCAUAGAAAUAGUUUCCAGUUGACCCUUUUCCCUGAAUACCAAUCUUUUGGUCUAAAAAAACCUGCAAAACCAAGACUGAAUAUACAUACACCAGUGUGGGGAAGAACAAAAAAAAUGUUCCAACCCAACAUGUUUGAGAGUCACCAUCAUCUUCUUGAUAUGAGCCACAAGACCACAGAAAAUGAGCUUGAUAUGCUUAGAGAUGAUGACUAUGAGAGCAAAUCUGGCACUGAUAUAAUGGAAGCUCCCUCCGGCGAUGAUCUAGAUCCCAAUCAACGCCCCAACAAGAAGAAACGUUACCAUCGUCACACACAACAUCAAAUACAAGAACUAGAGGCUUUUUUCAAAGAAUGCCCACAUCCAGAUGAUAAACAAAGAAAAGAACUUGGAAGAAGAUUAACUUUGGAGCCUUUGCAAGUUAAGUUUUGGUUCCAAAACAAGAGAACUCAAAUGAAGGCUCAACAUGAACGCCACGAGAACUCACAAUUGAGGAAUGAAAACGAAAAGCUACGUAUGGAGAACAUACGCUACAAAGAAGCCCUCACCAAUGCUACAUGUCCUAAUUGUGGUGGCCCUGCGGCCAUUGGGGAGAUGUCAUUCGAUGAACAACACCUUAGAAUCGAAAAUGCUCGCCUUCGCGAAGAAAUUGAUAGGAUAUCCGGAAUUGCAGCAAAAUAUGUUGGCAAACCAAUGCUAUCCUACCCUAACCUCUCACACAAUGGACCAUCACGCUCUCUUGAUCUACCAAUCGGUAGUUUUAGUUCACAACCUACAAUGGUAGACGACAUGUUUGGAACCAACAACCUUCUCCGGUCAGUUUCAGGUCCUAGUGAGGCCGACAAGCCAGUUAUAAUCGAACUAGCUGUCACAGCGAUGGAGGAGCUGGUUAGAAUGGCUCAGUCUGGUGAGCCUUUGUGGAUUGGAAGCUCUGAUAACUCAUCAGAGACUUUAAAUGAAGAAGAAUACUCCCAAACCUUUCCAAGAGGCAUUGGACCAAAACAGUUAGGAUUGAAAUCAGAAGCUUCAAAGGAGUCAACAGUUGUCAUCAUGAAUCAUAUCAGUAUUGUGGAGAUUCUAAUGGAUGUGAAUCAGUGGUCAAAUGUGUUUUCUGGGAUUGUUUCAAGAGCAAUGACUCUAGAAGUGCUUUCAACUGGAGUGGCUGGAAACUACAAUGGAGCCCUACAAGUGAUGACAGCAGAGUAUCAAGUGCCUUCGCCGCUUGUCCCAACCCGAGAAUACUAUUUUGUUAGGUACUGUAAACAACACCCGGAUGGGACCUGGGCUGUGGUGGAUGUAUCUUUGGACAACUUACGCCCUAAUGCGAAUUUAAGAUCUAGAAGAAGGCCAUCGGGUUGUUUAAUUGAAGAACUUCCCAAUGGGUACUCAAAGGUUACGUGGGUUGAACAUGUUGAAGUUGAUGACACAGCUGUUCAUGAUAUAUAUCGGUUGCUAGUGAACUCUGGUUUAGCAUUUGGGGCAAGACGUUGGGUAGCAACGCUUGAUAGACAAUGCCAACGGCUGGCAAGCGCAAUGGCUAACAAUAUUCCGGCUGGUGACAUGUUAGUUCUAACGACCUUAGAAGGACGAAAGAGUAUGUUGAAACUCUCCGAGAGAAUGGUUUUGAGUUUUUGUAGUGGUGUCGGGGCUUCGACUACUCACACAUGGACAACCUUAUCUGGUAGUGGGGCAGAUGAUGUCCGUGUUAUGACUAGAAAGAGUGUGGAUGAUCCGGGCAGGCCUCCUGGUAUCGUGCUAAGUGCCGCUACAUCGUUUUGGAUCCCAGUUCCACCAAAACGAGUUUUCGAAUUUCUUCGUGAUGAUAAUUCAAGGAGUGAGUGGGACAUUCUUUCAAAUGGUGGACUGGUUCAAGAAAUGGCACAUAUUGCCAAUGGUCGAGAUCCAGGCAACUGCGUCUCACUUCUACGAGUCAAUAGUGCGAAUUCGAGCCAGGGAAACAUGCUUAUCCUUCAGGAGAGUUCCAACGAUUCAACUGGUUCGUAUGUUAUCUACGCUCCCGUAGAUAUUGCAGCAAUGAACGUGGUGUUAAGUGGUGGCGACCCCGACUAUGUGGCUUUACUACCAUCUGGUUUUGCAAUACUUCCAGAUGGAGCAGGAAAACAUCAAGGUGGAAGGAUUGUAGAGGUUGGAAAUGGUGGAUCUUUACUGACAGUUGCAUUUCAGAUUCUGGUUGAUUCGGUUCCUACAGCAAAACUAUCUCUAGGUUCAGUCGCAACGGUUAAUAGUCUUAUUAAGUGCACCGUCGACAGGAUCAAAGCCGCAGUGGCUCCUGAGAAUGCAUAACCAUCGUUAUCUUCGUUUUACAUAUUUGUGUGUUUUGUAGCAUAAAUCAAAGGGACUAGAUGAAGGGGAUUUAAGCAGGCGAUGUUUACUCUUAUUUUUGAAGCUAAUGGAAGAAGUCAAGAACGCACCUAAAACAAUCCUUUGGCAAAUGGUGACAACAUCAAGAAUGCAUUUUCAGCCAUUAUCGAAGGUUAUAGGUUCGGGUAUUGACUUUGGCUAGUUAUUUUGAAGAUUUUGAGUAAACUAAAACCUUAUGGAAUGAAUCUAAGUCAAAACUUCUUUUAGAUUUAGAGUAUUUUCUUUAGGGUUCCCUAAUUGUAAGUGUUUUGAUGUUUAAGUGUUAAAAUGGUGGUCUUUUGGAAA